AUUUAUGUAUUGAUAGAUUUUGGAUUUCUAGGGUUUCUGCAAUGUCUGCUACGGUUCUCAGUGAUUCUAUGGCGAAGUCUGUUCCAGAAUCUCAAUCGACCACCGUUAAGACAAGUAACGCACAGGUGGAAGUGGAGUUUGCCAAAUGUGAAUGCUGCGGAUUAACAGAGGAAUGCACGCCUGCUUACAUAGCAAGAGUUCGAGACAGGUAUCAAGGUCGAUGGAUCUGCGGUCUUUGUGCCGAAGCUGUCAAGGAUGAGAUUGGUAGAUCGGAUAGGCUCAUUAGCGCUGAAGAAGCUUUGCAUCGGCACAUGAACUUCCGCAAGAAUUUCAGAUCUUCUAGUCCUCCGACGAACCCUACGGAACAUCUGAUAUCCGCUAUGAAGCAGCUGUUCCGGAGAAGCUUGGAUUCUCCAAGGGCCCUGAGGUCGACUCCGACUAGUCCUCUCAGAACGGAAGAGGAGAAACGUGUUCCAACCCUCACUCGAUCCGGAAGCUGCCUCCCAGCUCUGGCUCGUUGAUACAUAGUAAUAAAGAACAGAAGGUAAAGAAAAAAAGAAAAA